AUUGCUAUGGUAAAGGGUUGUCAAACAGAAAACACUGAUCAAAGAGACCAAGAUGGAGACUGCUGCGGCACUGAGCAGCUCUUCCCCUCACAACCAGGACCUUCAAGAGUUAAGGAAAAAAGAGGAAUGGCAGGACAAACUUUCUUCACUUCAAGAUCAGCACAAAAAUGAAUCGUUACAUCAACAACAGGAACAUUUAGAGCAACUAAAGCGCCUUCAAACGCAGCUACUUCGUGAGCUAUCCUCUGAUAUGAUCGUGGAGGGAGCCGUGUCCGUGCAAGACAAACAGGUGACGUCACCUAGAAAUAAAGAUGGAAGAGAAGACGAAAAAGAAAAUGAAUUUCCAUCCCCUGAGAAACAUUCAAUCACAGAGUCCCAAGACAUACCCUCUCCCACACAAUCGCUCGACUUUUUUCGGCUCCCUCGUACCAACCCAGUAGUUCAACACAGCCCUGUAACAUCACCACCACAUAAAGCAAACUCCCCUCCCCCAAUUCAAACACCUCCGUACAAAAUCCUUGGCCCUUCAUCAGCUUGGGAGGAGGGGGAAAGUCGUUCCCCUCAAGUAUCUUGGACGAGUCCCAGGACCCCCCACAGCUCCAGCAGGGGGGAUACGCUCUCCAGGGCCUCUCUACUGGCCAAACACACCAAGCACGUGGAGGAUCUCAAGAAGUACUAUGACUCCGAGCUACAGCGACUGCAACAACAGUUGGAGCACGUCAGAGCAGUGUCUCUGGUUGGUUCUCCUCUGCGACGAUCCGCCCCCUCCAGUCCAGCACAGCGUCAGUUGCAGUUCCCCUCGACAGACAGCCUAGCCAAGGGCCCCAUUAGUAACUCUCAAAUCUGGAUAGUGCAGUCUGAGAACGAGAGACUCAAGUCUUCUUGCUUGGAGCUGCAGGGACGGUUGGACAACUCGGACAGGGAGAAGCAUGUUUUGGAGGGACAGCUAAAGAGGUUUCAACAGCACCUUACUGAGUGGCAGGAACGGAGUGAGUCCUCAGAGAGACUGGUGAGUGUGCUUCAAGAGCGACUGGACUCCACACGCUCUCAACUACACGACCAGGAGAGGCUCAACGGACAACUCAACUCUGACCUCAGCCUGACCACAGAGGAGCUUGUGUUCUGGAAGGACCAGAAACUCCAAGAUGUGGAGAAGCUUGAUCAAUUGUUCCAUGAGUUUGAAGUUCUCCAAGAGGAAAAUCAGCAGUUGCUCUCGAUGACCUCUGACCUCAAGGCGCAGCUGGAGGAGAGUGGCGGACAGACAGCUGCUCUGAGGAGCUCUCUCGACAAGUACACCAUCCUAGAUAGCCAAUACCAGAGCACUAUUCGUAGACUGGAGGAUGAGCUGCGACGUCUGGAGCACGUCAACAAUCGACUGAACGGUCAAGCUACACACUAUGACACCGGUUGGUCGAGUGGUCCUAGCACCAAUCAGCACAGGUCACACUCCCCACAACGUGACCACCCCCUCGUGCACUCACAUGACACACCAUCACGUCCUAAAUCAGACAGAAGCCCCGUGCCACUAAAAGAUAAGUCAAUUGAAGCCGAUAAUGGCACCCCCCAGGGCAGACCACUGACCAGGAGAAAGUGGCUGGAAAGCAGUAUCCCUGGACUGCUGUCUGGGGGGACAGAAAUGGAGGAGAAACCAUCACCCUCAAAUUCUCGACUGCCCAGCAGGAUGAGUCCAGAGAGAAAUGUAAUGAAGUCUGUCAAGUUCUCCCCAAGACGUACCCAAGUAGACAGCGUGAACACUAGGGAGAGGGCCCCCACUCGUUUGAAUGCUAACGAUAGCAGUGUGGAGGACACUCUGAGGGCUGUCAGGGACGGCAACGUGCUAACCAGUGGAGAGGGAAGGCGCAAGUCCAAGAAGAAAAGUGAGCAGAGUCUUGAGGAGCGAGUACAGGAUCAGUUGGAGCGCGUGGGUCAGGCCGAGAGGAGGUUGGCUGAGCUGCAGACUGAGAGGGAGAGACUGGAGGGAGCCUUGCAGAGGACACCGGCCAGGGUCACUAGGGAGACCAAACAGAGUCAGGUUGAACUGGAGUGGAGGUUGGAGCAGGUAUUGAAGGAGAUAGGGUCGGAGCGAAUGGUGCUCAGGAAACACCACGCAUUCAAUAGAUGACUGUUGUAGACUCUGAGACUCUCAUUAAUAUAAUUAUAGCAUUAAAUUUCAUUCAUUCCCUUUAUGUUUUACACAAUCACAAUGUCUUCAUUAUAAUUAUAAAUAAUAAUAAUAAUUAUUAUUAUUAUUAUUAUUAUGGUAUUUUUACACUGA